UAUGAAUUUCAAUACUCUUUUAUUGGAAAAAGAUAAUGAUCUUCGUAUUUUAGCAUUAAAAGAAAUGUUAAACUAAGUGGAUCAACACUGGUCAGAGAUAUCUGAAUUACUUAGUUAGAUGUAAAUCAAAAAUUUAUAUUUCUUAUAGAGAAGCAUUAAGCGAAGAUCCAAAAUUUCCUGAAAGACAAUUAGCGUCUUAUUUAUGUGCCAAGAUUCAAUACCAUUUAGAUAACUUUGACGAAUCUCUUAAUUAUGCUUUACAGAGUGGACAAUAUUGGUAAUCAGAUUUGAAUGAUAAAUUUAAUCAAUGUUUAAUAAAACAUUGUAUUGAGCAAUAUCGUUAAUCAGGAAAAGCUUCUGAAGAAAGAAUAAGAUUAAUCAAACAUAUUUUAGAAUUGUCAUGUGGAUAAAAUAAUCACAUAUCUGCCAUAGGAGUAGCAGUUGAAUGCAAGAGGAUUGAUUGGGUAGCUGAGAUUCUUAACAAAUGGAAUUAUCCUGGUAAAAUGAUAUCUGUUCUUCAUCUUUUCAAUACAUAAAGAGGAGAAUUCAAAGAAUAAUUGUUAAGACUCUCAGUUGAUCUAAUAUAUGAAGAGGCAAAACAUGGUCAAAUUCCAAAUGAAGAAUGGGGUUAAUUUGUCACAGUCUUAAUUCAAUUAGGAGAGGCUAUAAAAGUUGCUGAAAUCCUUUGGACUUUAGUAACUAAUGAAAAUCAUUAUAAAUUAUAAACUGGUACUCCAUUACUAUUAGCUGAACAAUUAUGCAUAGAUUUAGCAUAAAAUUAAAAACCUCAAUUUAUUCAAAAGAUUAUAGCUGCAUUGCCUAUUGAUCAAUAAUUCCAAGAAGUUAGAGACAAAUUAAUAAAAUUGUUAUCAGGAGAAUAACAAAGGAAAGCAUAUUUAUACUUUUUGAAGAAUCACAGAUAAGUUGAUGUUGAAGUCUUAAAUAAAAUUAAAGGCCCGAAUGAUCCAAAACAAUCAAGUGUUUUGCAUGGUGCAUGCAUGUUUGGUCAUGCUUUAGCUACUGCAGGCACAUAAGAUACAUCAUUCUUAUAGGCAAAUUAAUAAUGGGCAACAAAAUGUAAUUAUUGGUAGAGAUUUACUGCUACAUCUACUUUGGGAAUGAUUCACAAAUACAAUAUAGAAGAAUCCUAAUAAAUUAUGGCAACUCAUUUAUCUUAGACUAAUCCAUUUGAAAUUGGAGGAGCUCUUUAUGGAUUAGGACUUAUUCAUUUUGGAACUCAAGAUUAAUAACUUUUGCUCAAAUUAUCAGAUCACAUGAAAUCUCAAAAAGAGCAAAUAAUUCAUGGUGCAUGUUUAGGAUCAGGAUUAGUAGCAUUUGCUUCUGAAGAUGAAAAAUUGAAUUAAGAUUAUCAUAAUCUGGUUUCAAAAAAUGAAUCAAUUUAUGGAGAAGGUGCCAGUAUUGGUUAUGGUUUAUUAAAUGCUGGAUCUGGAUCUAUUGAAUAAUGCAAACGUUUAUUGGUGUUAGCUAGUUAAUCAGACAAAGACAAGAUCGUUAGAACUUUGUCAUUAUCAAUUGCUUGUAUACUCUUUCAUUAAGAGGAUAAGGCUGAUGUGAUUAUUGAUCAAAUGUUACAAUCAAAUGAUCCAUUAAUAAGAUAUGGUGGCUGCUUCACUUUAGCCUUUGCAUAUGUAGGCACAGGAAGCAAUAAGAUUAUUUAAAAGUUGCUGUCCAUAUCAGUUAAUGAUGUAUCUGAAGAUGUCAGAAGAGCAGCUGUCAUAUCCUUUGGUUUCUUGAUGUUUAAGAAUUAUGAAGCUUUGCCAAAAAUUAUGAGGUUAUUGACAUUGUCAUAUAAUCCACAUAUCAGAUACGCAACGGCUAUUGCUUUAGGUAUUGCAUGUGCUGGAACCCUUUAUGCAGAUGCCAUUUCUGCGAUUGAACCAAUGUUAACCGAUACUGUAGAUUUUGUUAGACAAGGUGCUUUGAUAGCUUUAGGAAUGAUUCUCUCUUAAGGAAACAAAGAGUAGGAACCUAAAUUCGAGCCAAUCAUGAAAUCUAUUAAUGAAAUAGCUGCAAAAAAACAUGAGACUGUUUUAACAAAGUUGGGAUUAGCCAUUUUUUAAGGAUUAUUAGAUUGUGGAGGUAGAAAUUUGACUGUUUCAUUAUAAAGCAGAUAAGGAGUACCAAAGCUAAAUGCGUGUGUUGGUAUGUUAUGGUUUUUGAACUAUUGGUACUGGUAUCCUUGUUUAAGUAUGAUAUCUAUUGCUUUAUAACCAGUUUCAUUUAUUGGUUUAAAUGAAAAGUAUAAUAAAUAUAUUUAUAAAAUUUUAGCCUUGAUAUUCCUAAAGACUUUCAAUUAUAAUGUAAUACCAAACAAUCAGUUUUUGAUUAUCCUCCUCCUUAAAAAAAAUCUGAAAAACCUAUUGCUGAAAAAAAAACUGUUCAAUUAAGUACAACUUAAAAAGUGAGAGCCAGAACUAAUAAGAAGGAUUUAGAAAAGAAGCAAAUUGAUUCUGCUUCAUAAGGUGUCAUUUCAAGAGAAUAAUCAAAAAUGAGUUUAGAGUAAUAACCAAGUGAAAUCAUCAAAUAGCCAAGCCUUAUAGAGGAACAAGAGAAGAAAUAGGCAGCACCAAAAGAUGAACCAAAUUAAUAUAUUUUAACAAAUCCAUGCAGAAUUUUAGAUAAAUAAAAAAAACAUAUCUAAUUGUUAGAAGGUAGUCGUUUUUAGCCACUUCUCAAAGUAUUAAUUUGAUAAAUCAUAAUAGGAUCGUAAAUAAGGUUUGGUUAUGUUAAUUGAUAGUGAACCUUCAUAAACUUCUGAGGUGAUUUCUCUCACUGUUAAACCAAAAUAACCUAUAAUUGAACAAGUUGUAAAUUAAUAACCUGCUCCACCUAAUUAAGUGCCAGAAGAAUUUGUGUUUGAUGAAGCUCUUUAGAAUGAAGAACAAAAGCCAUGAG